AGCUUGCAGUAUUUGGAUGUGUCCGUCCUGGGUGAGCUGGUUCCUCGGCUGUGUGAACUAGUCAAAAGUGGAGUAGGCCUUGGCACAAAGGGAGGCUGUGCCAGUGUAAUUGUGUCGUUAACCACACAGUGUCCUCAGGACUUAACACCUUAUUCAGGCAAACUUAUGAGUGCUUUGCUUAGUGGCCUGACUGACCGCAACAGCGUGGUACAGAAGUCUUUUGCCUUUGCUAUGGGGCAUCUAGUCCGGACUUCCCGGGACAGUAGCACUGAGAAGCUGCUUUACAAACUCAGCAGUUGGUACAUGGAGAAGGAAGAGCCAGUUUACAGAACAGGCUGUGCUUUAACUGUGCAUGCCGUGGGACGCUACAGUCCAGACGUAGUGAAGAACCAUGCCAAACACGUGCUGCCCUUGGCUUUUCUUGGCAUGCACGAGGUUCCCAGUGAAGAGAAAGGAGAGAAAGAGAAUUCUACUCUGUGGACUGAAGUUUGGCAGGAAAAUGUACCUGGUACUCAGGGUGGCAUCAGACUGUACAUGCAGGAGUUGAUAACCAUUACUCAGAAGGCUCUGCAGUCCCAGUCCUGGAAGAUGAAGGCCCAGGGAGCAGCUGCCAUGGCAUCCAUUGCCAAACAGACAGGCUCCCUGGUCCCACCGCAUCUGGGAAUCGUGCUCUCUGCCCUCCUGCAAGGUCUGCCAGGGAGAACCUGGACUGGGAAGGAGGAGCUGUUAAAGGCCAUUGCCAGUGUCGUCUCUGCCUGCAAUGCAGAGCUGCAGAAGUCAGUGCCUGGCCAACCCACCGUCGAUGAUAUUGUCCAGGCUGUCCUGAAAGAGGGUCGGAAAGAGAACCUGGCGUACAAGAUGGUGGCACUGCGCUGUGCGGCUGGGGUGUUGCAGGCUACAAAGGAGGACCGCUUCCAGGAGCUGGCAGAUAUCGUCUUUCCCAUGAUAAAGAAGAACUCUCUUGAGAGCAUGGGCACAGAUUUGCCAAAGCAUGACGAAGAGGAUGAGGACAUGAGGGAGAAAGAGGUGCAGAUGGAAUCCCUGAUCUGCGCCUUCGAGACCCUGAGCAAAGCCUGGCCGAGGAGCCCAGAGACACAGCGUUGCUAUCGCCAAGAGUUUUGCAAGUUAAUGUGUGACCGUCUGAAACUCAGCACAUGGAAGGUGCAGCUGGCAGUGCUGCAAGCCAUGAAUGCCUACUUCCAAGGACUAAUGCUGUUUGAUGAGGAGCACUCAGACCCUGUGGCUUUGACAGAAAUACUGUGGGAAACCUGCUCAUCUAUCACCCAUUCUUUAGAGAACAAAAGCUACACGUCCAUAAGAACAGAAGCUUUGUCUGUAAUACAACUGCUGCUCGACAAACUGCAAGAAGCUCAACAGUGGGAAAGCCUGACACCAGAAAGCAGAGAGCACCUCAUUCGUUCAUUGUCGACGAUGGCGUCAGAUAGCAGACCUGAGCUACAGGAGAAGGCAUUUAUAUUGAAGAAAACACUUGAAAAUCUCAACUGA